GGCGGCCAGUCUGCUCGCAGCCACGCCAGCGCGGGGAUGACAGGACUUGGCUGCUGGCGUCUUCGACAUGACAGACGCCAGCCAACUCUAGACUGUACACGGCGUUACUUCAAAGUACUUUGAAGAUUUUUUGUGAUACUUCAACUGGAAAUUGUUUUUCUAAUAUUCGGCAUUGAUAAUCGACCAGCUUAAAGCUGCAUUGGUUAUUGUGAAAUGAAAUUCAGAUAAUGAACAUGAGUCCGUCUAGCAUUGUGAUUUGGCAGUAUUGGUAAAAAAUAAGUGUAUCGUGUGAGUAUGCCAAGUGUUCGUGGAUAAAUAUGUCUAGUGGAGGCAACGGCAAGAUGCUCGACACUGGCUUUUUGUACGAGGUGAUGAAGGCUGCCCGGCCCAUAGCCUGCCCCGUGGCCCACGCCCACACGGGGGCCGUCUCCCCUGGGGGCUCGCCCACGGCCACAGGCUCGGCCUCGCCCACCACCACCACCACGACCACCACAACCUCCGCCAUGGGUCUCUACGACACCGAAAACAACCUGAACAAAGGAAGCAACGGGGACAAGUGCUAUGUGGAUAAACAUGUGCUAAAUAUUGACAAAGAGAAUUACAUGAUGAAAUACGGUCCGACGCCAACGCCUAUGUGUCUCCGGACUUCCUCCGGACCGUCGUCAGAACAAGUUCGUUUUAACGUGACCACGUCGUCCGAGUGCCGCAGCAACGUGUUGACUUGUCUGUGUCGAGCACAGUCGUGUGGAGGACCAGUGAGUGGGGGAAGUGGACCUCUCCUGGCGUACAGCACUGCUGGAGGCUCCCACAGCCACAGUAACUGCACUAGUCCAAACCAGCAUAAUGUCUGUCACACCGUGUCCUCCUUCUUACCUCUUGUAGAGUGCCGGGCGUGCUUCCACAACGUGUGUACCUCCUUCACGGGCAACCAUCCCUGCUCUCGUCCACAGCACACGCUGCCGCCGCCAACCAACACCAAUGAUGUCCCCAUCAGCCAGUGGUCCUCCAGCAACGUGGUGGAAUGGAUGGCCACCCUCAACCUAGCGCCCUACACAGAACUCUUCAAAGCCAAGGACAUCAAAGGAGCGGAACUCCUCUCUCUCGACCAAGAAAAACUUGUGGGUAUGGGCAUUAAGGAUGAGUUCCACCUGCAGUCCAUCUUGGUGUGCAUUGGCCAGCUGAAGAAUAUGUGUCAUGAAGGUGUUUAUCCUGGAGAGACUUUGGCUGCAAGUGUUGCGGGCGUGGAGUGCAACACCCCCGCCUCCCACCACAACCUCCGCAACCACUCUUUUCAUGAUCUCCACCGUUGUGACAAGUGUGGCCACCACCUCAGAGGGUUCAUUCACCAAGGACAGUUCUGCCAAGACUGUGGACUUAUUGCUCAUAGGACCUGUGCUGCUACUGGCCUGCCUCCCUGUGUUAAGCAAUCCUCCAAAUACUUCCGUCGCCUACUCCUGUCUUCUGUCUUUGGCCUUAGUCUGUGCUCUCAGUUCACCCCUGUGGAGGCUCCUGCCCCUCUGCUCCUCGUGAAAUGUUGCCAAGAAAUUGUGUUCCGUGUCAAGAACGACCCCAACCUGGACCCAUACCGCCUUUACCGCACUCCCCCCCAACAGGAGACUCUGGCCCAGCUGAGGCAGAGCUGUGACGAAGAUCUCUGUAAUGUUGACCUUAGUAUUUAUGAGCCUCAUGUCAUUGCGUACCUGAUCAAGAGAUAUCUUCGAGAGCUCCCGGACCCCGUGAUUUCAGAGUCUUUCUAUGAACGCUUCAUUGAGGCCACUCGCAUCCACAAUGAUGACCAGUGUGCCAAAUGUAUUUCCCAGAUGGUCAAGGAGCUGAGCCCUCACCAUUUUUAUACUUUGCAGUUCAUGAUGAGCCAUUUCCUCCAGCUGUGUCAGCUACAGGUCAGCCGGGGCAUCAUGGAGCCGCCCACGCUGCUCAUACAGUCCUUUUGCCAUGUCCUGCUUAGACCUCCCUGGGAAAAGAUUGUAGAGUUGGCACGCAAUACAAAAGCUCACAUGAGGAUUGUUGAGAUGCUGCUCCUGAAGGUUGACUGGGGAGAGAAGGUGCCUAUGUUUGCCCCUGCCCCAGCCCUCCCUCCCAGACCCACACGUACAUCUUGUGUCAACCCUCCAGAGGAACCAAGCCCUCCAUCCCCACCUUAUGGUCCCAGUUCCCCGUUGUACAAUACCACCAUCCCCCCCAAUGCUCCCAAGGCUCUGCAGGAAGCCGAGUGGUACUGGGGAACCAUUACCCGUGAGGACGUCAACGUGCUGAUGAAGGACACCAAGGAUGGAACCUUCCUGGUGCGCGACGCCUCCACAGGAAACAACGAAUACACUCUCACCCUACGGAAAGGUGGCUCAAACAAGCUAAUCAAAAUUUGUCACCGGAAUGGGAAGUACGGCUUCACUGAACCCUAUACCUUCAACUCUGUGGUGGAACUUGUCAACUACUGCUGCCAGCAAAGCCUCAUCCAGUUCAACAAAGCCCUGGACAUCCGGCUGUUGCAUCCUGUGAGUCGCUUCCACGGAGAGGAAUCUGAAGGUGCCAGAAUGAGAGUGGAAGACAUCCACAACCGCCUCUUAGAUCUCAAAGAACAGUAUCAGUCCAAGACGUGUCAGUACAACAACAACAACAAGGACCAGCAGGUCCUCGCCCAGAAUAUCGUCCUCACCCGGCAGGGCGUAGAUGGCUAUUAUGAGACUAUGAACUGGAUUGAGGACCAGCUCAAGUUGCAUGACAAGUUCAGGAGUGAAGCACAGCCUCAUGAAGAAAUUGAUUUGUCGGACAACCGUAAAGUGCUGGUUGGGCGCCUGGAUAGGGUCAGAGAAGAACACAGUAAGUGUGAGAACCAACUCGCAAACCUGAAGAGAGAGCGCGUGAAUUUGGAGAGGAAAUCCAAUUCCUUGAAGAUGGAGGUUCUCCAACUCACCAAACAGAUGGAUCAGUACAAGAAUAUCCUGCUGUCCCGUGGGCUGUCUGCAGACAUUGAACAGUCCGAGGCCUCCCAGGCACCUCAGCCUUGUCCAGAGCUGCACAACAAGUCGCUUUGGUUCUUUGAGAUAUCAAGGGAGGAAGCCAUCAAUAUGCUGUACAACAAACCUGAUGGGACAUUCCUCAUCAGAUCUUCCCAGAAUGGAGGCUAUGCCUUAUCAAUUUCGUGCAACAGAGAGGUUCAACACUGCAAGAUUUAUGAAGGCAAACAAGGGUAUGGGUUUGCUGAGCCAUUUUUGAUAUACCCAACACUGUAUGAUUUAGUCUUUCACUACUCUGAAAAUUCCCUCCUCAUGCACAAUGACCUGCUCAACACUCCCCUCAAGUACCCAGCUGGGGUGGACAGCUAGUAAUGGCCUGUGAAUAGCAGCAAGUGUGAAAUAGUAAUGGUGGGUAAUUGAAGAUGGUAUUAAUAUGGCAACCCACAGACAGCAAGCCUUGACAAAUGUUUCCCUGCAGAUAAGCAAGGUCAUCUAAGACCCAGGAUUGCUAGUGACAUCCAGUGCAUCGCGAGUGAAUCUUAUCUCAGGAAAGGAAGGCUUUUGUUCAGCUUGUCAGUGAUAGGAAUUAUGCAUUCUGCAAAAUGAAUACAAUGGCAUUAGUUUGCAGAGCAAGGCGUAUAACUGAUUGGACAUGUUCCUCUGCCCAGUAUACAUGGCUGAAAGCCAAUUUGCAGCUCAACAGCUGCUACCAGAGUUCCUUGGCUGACUUCAAUGCAGUCUGACUGAAUUAACUUAUAUUAAAGAUAUAUGCAAUGUUAGCUCAUUGAACACUGGUAGUGGACUUUAGGAGCCUCAUUUCUUACUCCGUGGUACAAAACCAUUUCAGGACUAGCAAAGGGAAGUUGUUUAAAAGUGAUAUUGUCACAUCUUACAGAGUUUAGUGCUGAGUGAUCAAACUACGGGUAGUACCCCUUAACAUAGAGGCUACCCAUGCAUACAUUGUUUUCAUAGUGGCCAAAGACAUAAUCCAUUGCCAUUAUUUUGCUGUCAAUGUUUCAUAAUUCUCCAUAACCUAUAUUGUUUAUAAUAGUUGAUAUUUUAAAAAAUAUUAACAAAUUAGAUUACCCACUGUCUUAUUUGAUACUAUGAAUAGUGCUGUGAAGAAUGGUUUUCCUCUUUGUUUCCAAAGAUUGUCAAGAUCUCUUAUUCAGAAAAGAUUCAAGUGUUGGAAAUCAUGUGUGACUGAAGUUAUGUUAGUGCAUUCCAGUUGAGUUGUAAAUACCCCACAAGUCAUUACUAGGUGACAGAUAUGAACUCUAGCAAGUGUGAUAAUAAACCUUAAGGAUGUGAGCAGAAGAUAGACACUGCUCCUGCUAGAGACAGUGGCCUGGAGCGGAGGGGUAGCCAGGCCGCUGCUAGUCACCAAAACUCCCGAGCUACAUGCCACAAAUGUUUGUUAAUCAUUUAGCUUCAUCUCAUUUUUAUAAACAAUUGUAUUGUUUUUAUUGGUUUUCAGUGUCUUCAUUUCCAUAUUGUAUAUGUAUGUACUAUAUUUGUGUUUAUUGUAUAUAUAUUAUAGAUAUCUACAUGUAUGUCUAUAUAUUUAGAUAUUUGUGUAUAUAUAUAAAUAUAUAUGAUAUGUGUUUCAAAUCUUUUCUACACAUUAUAUUUAUAAACAUUGUCUUCCAUCAACUACUGAUAGAUACACUUGCUUGGUCAGUCAAAGGAGUCGGCAAACCUAACGAUUGGAUCAACAUGUGGUGAUCUGACCCGCCGAGCUAGUCCAGGAAAAUGUUAAGGGAGGUGUUGGCCAAGAAAAUACUGAUCUUGUGUGCUACAUAUUUUUUUAAUAAGACUGAUCAAAUUUUAUUUAAUGUUGCUUUUCCUCAUAAGUAUUGCCCACCUAACAAAUGCUUUGGUAAGAGUAACCAGAACAACUGGUAGCCCCAUGGGGGAGGCAGGCAGGCAGGCAAGCGUGUCCCGGUGAAGCAGUGCUGGUGGGCAGGAGUGGUGAGGGAGGGUGGCUGUCCAGGUGUGGCUCGGGCCGUUGUGUUGAGGUAAACAGUCCUGACUGUGCCAGUCACUACCCCUCAGUGUCGCUUGUCACCUUCCCAUACUACAAAGGGAAAAGUCUCAAUAAAGUGCUCUUUGGUCAA